AUGUAUCUGCUGGACGGCAGCAGCGAGCCCGCGUCUCCACCUGCGGACACGAUGCCGCGCGGGCCGCCCCCCAGGAAGACCGUUUACCGCAUCUCGGUGACCAUGGUCAGGAAGGAGCAGCUGGCUGCCCCGGUCCCCGACCCGCGCCCCACUCGGAGGUUCCGGCCCGCGCGCUCCCCGGACGCGCCUGAGCGGCUGGUGGAAGAGGAGGAGGCGGAGGAGGAGGAGGCGGCGGCGGGCACGGAGGACCCAGAGGGCUGUCGGCCGCGCGCCUGGGACUUCCGCACUUAUCGCGCCCGUAGCACCGGGCAGCUGGAGCUGGGGCGACUCCGGCCGUGCGCACGCGGCACGGGGCCAACGGACGUGGCCGACAGCCCCCGGGCCUUGAAGGAGGAGCCCAGCUCGCCUGCACCCUGUAGCCCCGACAUAGAAGGGGCCCAGGCUGCGCCACUGCGGCGAAGCCUCAGUUUCAGGCACUGGAGCGGGCCGGAGACGCCACGGGACCCAGCCCUGGGCCGCGGAAGGUGCCACAGCAGCUCCGGUAGCCUGGCCUGGGCGCCGGGCGGGGAGGUCGUGGCCGACCCCGGCAUCAUCCCCGAGCCCGCGAUCGCCACGCAGCCCGCCUCAGAGAAACGCAACACCCUGGACGUGGGCGAGGUGCUCAGCAAGAACGAUGCGCUCUCGGACUUGGAGCGCUGGGAGCGCAGUAAGAGCAAGAACCGCACGCUGGACAACAGCGACCUGCAGCGGCUGGAGCGCGCGCGGGCCGCUGCCGCCGGCCCCAGCUUGGCCUCGGAGCACAGGCUGCUGCGUUUCUUCAGCGGCAUCUUCGCGCGCAGGGAUGGCACGCCCCCCGGCGGGCCCACCUCGCGGAGCGUUCCCUCCCGGCCCCGUGGUUACUUCAGCCUGAGGCGCGUGCCGGCCGACGCGCACUCGUCCAGCGCAGAGAGCAUCGAUGGGUCCCCACGCAGAGAUGCCUUUGUGAACAGCCAGGAAUGGACGCUCAGCCGCUCCGUCCCAGAGCUCAAAGUGGGGAUCGUGGGCAAUUUGGCCAGCGGCAAGUCGGCGCUGGUGCACCGCUACCUGACCGGCACCUACGUGCAGGAGGAGUCUCCCGAAGGUGGCAGAUUCAAGAAAGAGAUUGUGGUUGACGGACAGAGCUAUCUGCUGCUGAUUAGAGAUGAAGGGGGCCCCCCAGAGGCACAGUUUGCCAUGUGGGUGGACGCUGUUAUAUUCGUCUUCAGCUUGGAAGACGAGAUUAGUUUCCAGACAGUGUAUCACUACUACAGCCGCAUGGCCAACUACCGGAACACGAGCGACAUCCCGCUGGUCCUGGUGGGCACCCAGGACGCCAUCAGCUCCACCAACCCACGGGUCAUCGACGACGCCCGGGCGCGGAAGCUCUCCAGUGACCUGAAGCGCUGCACCUACUACGAGACCUGCGCCACCUACGGCCUGAACGUGGAGCGGGUCUUCCAGGACGGUAAAUACCCCGCCGCCACGCAGUGCCGCCUUCCCGCCCGCGCAGCAGUUGCCCAGAAGAUCGUGGCCACGAGGAAGAAGCAGCAGCUCUCCAUAGGGCCCUGCAAGUCGCUCCCCAACUCCCCCAGCCACUCGUCCGUCUGCUCCGCACAGGUGUCCGCCGUGCACAUCAGCCAGACGAGCAACGGGGGUGGCAGUCUGAGCGACUACUCCUCCUCCGUCCCAUCGACACCGAGCACCAGCCAGAAGGAGCUGCGCAUCGACGUGCCGCCCACGGCCAACACGCCAACGCCUGUCCGGAAGCAGUCCAAGCGCCGCUCCAACCUCUUCACUUCUCGGAAAGGGAGCGACCCAGACAAAGAGAAGAAAGGCCUGGAGAGCCGCGCGGACAGCAUCGGGAGCGGCCGCGCCAUCCCAAUCAAACAGGGUAUGCUGCUGAAGCGAAGCGGCAAAUCGCUGAACAAAGAGUGGAAGAAGAAGUACGUCACCCUGUGUGACAACGGCGUGCUGACCUAUCACCCCAGUUUGCACGAUUACAUGCAGAACGUCCACGGCAAAGAGAUCGAUCUCCUGAGAACCACCGUGAAGGUCCCCGGGAAGAGGCCACCCCGAGCCACAUCGGCCUGCGCGCCCAUCUCCAGCCCCAAAGCCAACGGCCUGUCCAAGGACAUGAGCACUUUACACAUCUCGCCGAGUCCCGGGACUGUCACUAGUGCGUCCGGGUCCCAGAUGGCCAGCGGCGUCAGCCUGGGCUCCUUCAACAGCCGACCGGACGGCAUGCAGCAGCGGUCCUACUCCGUCUCCAGUGCCGACCAGUGGAGCGAGGCUACGGUCAUUGCAAACUCGGCCAUCAGCAGUGACACGGGGCUGGGCGACUCCCUGGGCUCCAGCCCCAGCAUCUCCAGCACCACCAGCCCCAAGCUCGACCCGCCCCCGUCCCCCCACGCCAACAGGAAGAAGCACCGGAGGAAGAAGAGCACCAGCAACUUCAAAGCCGACGGCCUGUCGGGCACCGCGGAAGCCAAACGCAAAGCAUGGAAACUAAACCGUGUUGGUAGCCUGCGAAAUAUAUACAGCAGCAGCAGCACCAACACCGAAGAGCAAGAGGAAAACUUCGAGUUUAUCAUCGUGUCCCUCACUGGCCAGACGUGGCACUUUGAAGCCACCACGUAUGAAGAGAGAGACGCGUGGGUCCAAGCCAUCGAGAGCCAGAUCCUGGCCAGCCUCCAGUCCUGUGAAAGCAGCAAGAAUAAGUCCCGGCUGACGAGCCAGAGUGAGGCCAUGGCCUUGCAGUCGAUACGGAGCCUCCGCGGGAACUCGCACUGCGUGGACUGCGAGACCCAGAACCCCAACUGGGCCAGCCUGAACCUGGGCGCCCUCAUGUGCAUCGAGUGCUCCGGCAUCCACCGGAACCUCGGCACCCACCUCUCCCGAGUCCGGUCGCUGGACCUGGACGACUGGCCCGUCGAGCUCAUCAAGGUGAUGCUGUCCAUCGGGAACGAGCUGGCCAACAGCGUCUGGGAAGAGAGCUGCCAGGGGCGGGCCAAGCCCUCGCUGGACUCCACCAGGGAAGAGAAGGAGCGGUGGAUCCGGGCCAAGUACGAGCAGAAGCUGUUCCUGGCCCCGCUGCCCUGCACCGAACUGUCCCUGGGCCAGCACCUGCUUCGGGCCACUGCCGACGAGGACCUGCGGGUGGUCAUCCUGCUGCUAGCACACGGCUCCCGGGACGAGGUGAACGAGACCUGCGGCGAGGGGGACGGCCGCACAGCGCUGCACCUAGCCUGCCGCAAGGGGAGCGUGGUCCUGGCGCAGCUCCUGAUCUGGUACGGGGUGGACGUGAUGGCCCGCGACGCCCACGGGAACACGGCGCUGGCCUACGCGCGGCAGGCCUCCAGCCAGGAGUGCGCGGACCUGCUGCUGCAGCACGGCUGUCCCGACGAGCGCGCCGCGCUUGUGGCCACGCCCAGCCUGGCCAGGAAGAGCGCUGGCCGCGGCGGGGGCGGCGGGCGGGUGCCCACCGUCAUCUGAGGUGCAUCCGCGCCCCCGCCCGCCGCCCCUCCCUCUUCCCGGUGGUCACCAGCCACCCCCCGCCCCCCGCACCUGCAGCGACGUCACCGGCCCUGGACAGACCACGCGAGGCGGAGGCGGGGCCGAGCUGCAGGGGCGCUGUUCCCGUGGACUCCCCCAGUCGACACGCAGGAGCGACCGACGAGCCUCGGUCGGCCGACGAUAGCACACGGCCCGGGACGUGGUGCCCGCGGCCCACAGAGCAUGGCACAAGGGACAGGGUGGACGAGAGGGGGAGGGGCAGCGGCGCCGCGAGAGGAGAGCCCUCCUGCACCGGCGGUUGAGCACAUCAGCACAUCUCACCUCCACCACCGAACGCUAGCAUCCAUCUCAUCUCCUCUCCGAGGGGCUUGACGGCGUAAAUCAGAAGCGAGCCGAGUUUGUCAGGUUUGAAGCCCCUAUGAUGGUAUGUGUCAAAUCAGUUGUAGCUAAUCUGUCCCGGGAGGGCGCUGGCUUCAUUACACUCGUAUAGUUGAGUUCUUGCAGCAUUACCGCUGUUUAAUAGAACCUGAUUAGUCAUCGCCGCGAAGGAAGCCUAUUAGCCGGGGAGGCAGUCACGCGGCACGCUCCGCUGCGCGCCGCGAUGUGAUUGCAAUGCUCUUAGAAGCAUCAUAUUAUCCCAGACAUGUUCUUCCGAGCCCUCGGAGCCCUCCUUUCUAAAUUCACUGUCAUAAUUUAGUCUCUGUUUAAUUUUUCAGUCCAAAGAGGGGGAAUCGGUCGUGAGUAGUAUUUGACUGCAGUCUCCUUGGUGCAAAAACAAAAUGGGAAAAAUAAAUAAGAGGAACUCAAAGUCAGGGCGAAACCAUGCUUUCAGCUAACUGACGCUUCGGGGGCGUGUAGCAAACGGACUAACUGCACGAAAGGUUAUUUUUGCCCCCAAACGGGAGAGAGGUUCUGUGUCCUUUCGCCAAGGUGGACGUAUCGGGUCUCCGUCACUCCUGGGCCAUGUUGCCCAACUCACACAGGCUUCUGUAUUAUGUCUUCAGACACGAUGUGUGGAAAUCUAUUUGAAUAAAAGAAGUUCAUAAAUAUGCAUUGAUUUUUGUACAGACGAAUGGCACCUCUGUUAAUUUAUAAAUUGAACUGGAUGUGAACUAAUAACGUGCGCCUAGCUGAGAUGGGAGGGCUGUGGACCGCUGUCCUCGGAGGGGCUCGCAGCGGUAAACACUUCCAUUAACGUGAUGUACGGCUUGUAGAGGGGCCCAUCAGAAUAGGACGGCAGCGCAAUUUGCUUAUUAAAACCGAGAAAGGGGAGAGAAAGACCCGAGCGAAUUACAGAGGGGGAGGGGCGUGUGAGGUCCUCGUCACGGAGAGCGUGACUUAGACUCAAUGCCGCCUCUGCGGGCGCACAGUGGGGUCUCUGGUCCGGGCAGCGGCGAAUCCAAGUCCUGGGCCCAGCUCAUGAUGGUGGGGGGGCAGUGACCACUGCCGACGGCCCUGUGGCCCAGAGCGGCUGGGAGAGUCCUAGGUGCUUCAUCAGGGGCCAGGCCAUCCAUCGUAGCCCGUCACCCGUUCAUCAUGGUGGCAUCAGGCUGCUUCAGGCUCGGCCACCUCCAGUGUGGAGGCCAAACGGACGGAGUGCACCAGUCAAGGCCCUGAGGGCAGGAAGGGAGGGCGGCGGGGCUGGGAGUCCUGUGUGGCGGCUCAGGAGCGUAGACCACGCCCUCCCGGCGGCCUCCAGAAUUUCCCUGCCCUCGUAUGUUAAUCUUUCUACUUUGUGAGAGUUUUUCCUCUUCUUUCACUUAAAAAAAAAGAAAACAUUAAAGUUGGUAAGAAACAAUAAAGCUUUACACAGAAUUUCCGUGCAGGUGGGCAUUCCGUGGAACUCGGCAGUUUCUGGAAACACCAGGCGCAGACGCAGGCCCAUGGUCCCCCACCCGGGUUUUACUCCGCGCAUCAUCACCGUGCGGUUCUUUUGAGUGUAAAUAGGAAAAACGGUCGCUGCCAGUUUCUGAGGAAGCCUUACCGCUCUGACCCAGCCACGCACGUCCGCCUCCACGCGGCCUCCAGCACAGUGGCUACGUGGAGCGCAGAUGAGAGCCCUGAGUUAGUUCGUUGUCCAAUGCUGUGUGGCAGCGGGGCUGCCUCCCGAAAGGAAGGGGGCCUUGUAAGGCUUCCCUGUGGGGUGUAUACGAGCGUGUACACACUGUUAUGUGUGUUUAUAAUGCAGCAUUUUCCCACGUGACUGGUUCUCGCACCCUUUCACUCCCCAAGUGCUCAGUGGGCCCCCCAGCCCGGAUGUCACAGACACCUCCUCGGAACACCGGCCCCUCUGCUCCUCCUCUUGGCAGUGGUGGUGGCAGAUCAGGAGGCGGCCUGUGUCCUUGGGCCCCGGCAGCAGAGCCGAAGGCACUAGGGUUUCCUUUCAGUUGGGGGUGACUGGUAGCUCGUGGGUCUGCCCCCCACCCUCGGACUGGAGGCCGCUUUCGUUGACCCCUCUCACUCUGUCUUAGAGCCUCGCAGGUACCAAGGCUGGGGAAGCAAGCACCCGGGGCUGGCGUUGGACGUGGCCGAAGUUGUCACAGUGUAAGGUGACCACAUGGCCUUCCUGUUCAGGAUCAACAUUUUCCCCUGGAGGAGAAACCACCCACCGGGGAAGGCCCAGGAGUGGACAGUCACACGUGAGGCAGCCUCGGGCGACCUCGCUGGGUUCCCUCUGUGGCCGAGAACACCCCACAGAGGAAAACCACCAGACCCCACCCCACACGGCUGGGCCUCGGGUACCAGGGUGGACGGGCAGUUUACCGAACCCAGAACCCGAGUCCUGUCCCCUGUCCCGUCCAUCUCCUGCCAUCCCAGGAAGUGACAUGCUCAUGAAUGGGUCUAGGGUAGGUGUGGUUUUCUGUCCCCCAGUGAGUGCCCGCCACAUGGCACUUGCGCAGCAUGUGGGCGGGGCCACAGGGCGCCCACCAGCCGUGGGGUGUGAAACUGGGCAGCUCCCCCUUACAGAAUCGCCCUGGGCGGGGUUCUGACGCCAGCCAGGCGCCUCGGGGCCUGGGUUCCUUCCAUCCUCCUGGGCUUUUGUCCAGCCUGGUGAGGUCUGCGUGGGCCCGGCCCCUCCCGGUUUGGAGAGGCCCUCGGGCAUUCAGGGCCCUUCUUGGGCUGGUGAAGGAGCUGCCCUGACUUCGUCAGGGAGAGCACGGUCCCGCAGCACCGCCCGCCCAGGGCCAGGAAGACCUGGUCACCUGGCUCUGCUGUCCCACUGGUGCAGCUCCAGGCGACUGUCCGGCUCCUCGGGCUCUUCCUCUUCGUCUGGGCCUCAACGUGGCCUCGCAAGGUGUGGUGACAUUGCACAGCAUGUGACAGCUGCAAGCCCAGAGAUCCUGAGACAGGUGUGUCUGUUAAGAACAGAGGUGUGGGCGGGGCCAAAGCCAGCCCACCCCUGAGCCUGCCCCUCCCUGUGAGCCUCUGACCCUUCUCUCUCUGUGGAGCUGGUGGGCGCUCUGAGUCCCCUGCCCCCGAGAGCCCCCCACCCAGAGGGAGGCGCCCGAACCACCCAGGCCCCAUCUCGUGGGCCCCCUACCACACACGUCCUCCGCUCUGCUGGUCUGUGUCUUUUCCAGAGGCAUGGAGAGCACUGGGUCCUGCCUCAUGCCCCCUAUAAUGUCGCUUUGGUCCGAGAUGACCCCAUCCACCUCCCGCACCUUGGGGGGGGGGGGUGGACAGGCCUCCCUCCCUUCAGGUGCCACCUCUGGGUGCCAAGGGGCCUUGGUGACACACUCCGGGGCCAGUCCUCAUUUCUGCGGCCUCUUCUACUUCCUUCGAAAGUUGGAACUUGCCGGGGGCACCCUACCUUGGCAGAGCAUGGCCUCAGGCCCUGCGCUCCCUGCGCCAAACCCUGACCUCAUACUAUUGGACACAGCAUUUGCCUCGCUGGGGCUGCCUUCCCUUUCCCGGCGGCAUUGAACUUGCCUUGUGCCUGUACUUGACCAAUGCACCUUCCCCCCUGGGAGUGGCCAUCAGGUCCUGCCUGUCCUUCCUCUGUGCUCAUGCACUGGCUUGGGUCCCCAUGGUUCCGACGCCGCCAACCCUUUCUCCGUGCACUUAGAAUGUUCUGGAAACGGAGCAAUUGCGUUCUGGCCCAGGGAGGUGCAAGAGCCUGGCAAGGUAGACACUCUAACUCCUGCAAAGACAAAAGGAGUUGGGACUGCUGCCUGGGUGGGCGGUCCCCUCCCCCGACACCUGCUUGGUGUCCACCGCCCCCCCAGCCACGUGCCCACAAGGCCAGCAGGACUUUUCUAGAAUCCCCCUGGGUUGUAUGGAUGUCCUUCAAGCAAACAGAUUGACAAGCAGUCGGGAAGGGGCUCAGACAGGAACGUGCAGGGGACACACGUCACCCUCCUCUCAGGAAACACGAUCCGCGUCCAGCAGCCUCCGCCCGCAUGCGCUCCACGCCGGGGGCCGCCCGUCACAGCAGUUUCCCCCUCACCCUCCACCACAAGCCUAAGGGGGGCCUUUGGCAGCAAGACUGGCGUUCUCUCUGGGCCGCAUCACCUGCGUCCCCACACGGCUUUCUUCCGGGUCCCAGGUGCGUGGCCCUGUGGGCGGGGCCCCAGCUCCCCACCGGCCAGCUCUGUGCCCCACUCCACGUGUGGGCCCUUUGUCACUGAAGCUCCUACGUCAGUUCCAGCCCAAACGUCAGGUCCCCUCCAGAGAUUCAGGAGAGAUGGGGGGUGGGGGGGCUCUGGGGAACGUGCGGCCAUCACUGCCAGGAAGCAGCCACUGGAGGCCACGAGCUGUAUGGUCCAAGGUUAGAGAGGGACGGGCCACCCAGACUGGCACACCCCUGCCAGACCCUCACCUCUCACCUCCCCAUGGAGCGGUGACAACCGAGGCCUCGACAUUCCCAGUGCGCUUCCCCUCAGAGGAGAAGCGCUGUCCUUCAUGCGACGGGGGCCGGGGGGGUGGUUAAAUAAGACCUGCGGUGCCCUGUUUCAUUUUGGACAUCUGCAGCCUUUUUAUAAACACAGGGACACUUUGUUCCCAGUCCCCAUUUUCCAGUUUGGGUCCAGGUGCAGAUCAGAGCAUAUUUCAUCCAUCCAGGUUUCUGUAAAACCAGAGUGUGUGUCAUCUGUGACCUGUCGAGAGUUCUCAGGUUCUAGAAGUGUCCCUGUUUCACGGAGGGCACCCUCCCAAGGCAGGGCCCUGGCACACAGAGGGUGAGACGGUCCCCUCCUGACGCUGCCCUGCCCAGGGGCUUGCCCGCUCUCGGACCCCAGCCGCAGCCCCGAGAUUUGCCCCAGGGGUGAGAUGCUUCCCAGGCCCUGGCCCCACCCGAAAGGCCCAGCGUGGCAGGGUCCGCUGCGUGCCGUCCAGUCAGCAGCACACGGGCUUGGGCUCCAGCCAGGCGACCUGUGCAAACCAGGCAUCUCCAGGUGCACAGGAGGGCGGCUUGGGCCCUCUUCCCACUUUGGCCCGGCCUGCCGCAUCUCUAGGGAAGGACCCCCAGGGUGCAGGUCAAGCCAUGUGGUGGGGCUCCUCAGGACAGAGCUGGAGCUCAGUGUCACGGGAAGUAUGUGGCCUCUGUCUCGAGGUGCUAGUGAGAGAAAGGAACCAAGCAGGGUGCUGGGGACCGUCCACGUACACCCCAGCAGCCAGGAACAGCUGCCCCUGAAUCCGAUUCCACUGUCGUCUCCCCCGUGCCAGACAGCGUCCGCCCCAGCCCCGCCUGGGGAGCCGGCAUCCGAGCUGGUUCGAAAACCCUUGUAAAAAGGAGUUAGCAGCCCACCCCCAGCAGCUCACCGUGAACGGCGGCUUGCAUCUAAUUGGAGGAGCCUCGGGGUGCAGCAGGGCGUCCUUCCACCCAGGGUAGCACCUGCACAUGCAGGUGUCCGACCUGCCUGGGUCCUUCACGGUGGCAGGUUUGUCGCGGGACCGAGGGCACGGGGGCUGUGGCCAGACUGGGACUGGUUCUCACGUGAGCUCAUCCUGCACCUGCCACCCCACCCUCGGCCCCAGCAGCUUCCUCCCCACGGCAGACCCAGGUGCACGGGGGACUGGAGCGGGGAUCGGGGCUGUUCCACGGCAGGCAGGCAGAGGGUCCGCUGGGAACCGCCCUACGGCAGGGCCCACGUCUCGACAGUAGAAACGACCCCGCUGCCGGCCUUGAAGGGCACCACGGCUCCUCCCCACCCGGGUUUUGGGUCUGAGAUCCAUCAAGUUCUGCAGGUUGCGGCCCUGUCCCGGCCCGGGCUGCUGCGUGCUGAGGAGGGUGCCCUCCCUGUAUGCGCGGUCGCCGGCUCGCUGCCGAGCCCCGGCCCGGGACUCGGCGCUGAGUCCUCCUCUGCCCCAGGUGUGUGUCUGCGUGGGGAGCCCCUGCAGCUCAGCCGUCGCCACCAAGGGACGUUCCUAGGAGGGAGCAGGGACCUCACGGGGCGUUUUUUGUUUCUGUGAAUGGUGACAUGUAGAAAUGACUGGAGGGGCAGCCUGGGGUUCAUCAGAGACAGGUGGUGGUUUAUUUUUUUGUUUUUGGGUUUCGGGAGUUGUUUUUGUAUCACUUCAUUCAGCAAGUUUCUGUGUCACAAUGACUCACUGCUGCUUUAUUUAUGCUG